AUGACGUCACUGGAGCUCGAAUUGCCACUCGAGCGCCAAUCCUUCAACUUCAACGACCCUCCGCCCCCCCCAGUAGAUGCCUUCCCCGCACUGCGCUCACUCACGCUCCUCUACGAGCCCUCGCACUACCGCUUGAUCUCCCGCUGCUCCUCCCUCACCUCCCCCACCCUCUGGCGCCCCGACGCCUUCGGCCUCUUCUCCCUCUCCUCCUCCUCCUCCCCUCUCCACCGUUCCCUCGCCUCCCUCACCAUCCACUCCGCUUGGCUCGAAGCCGCUCUCUCUCCCCUCGCCGCCUUCCCUCGCCUCGCCUCUCUCGCCUUCCACUCCUGCAGCAUCGAUUCCUGUGAGCUUCAUGCUCUCUCUCGCUCCCUCCACACGCUCACCCACCUUGCCAUCCUCGACUGCCCCCUGGUCUCCAGUCACGUCCUUGCACCGCUGGUUGAAGCCAACCCUGCUCUCUCCUCCCUCUCCCUCCACUCCACAUCCUACCCUCUCUUCGCCGCCCAAGGCCUUCGUACUCUGCUCGUCCAUUCCUCCCCCUGCCUCCACACCCUCACUCUCUCCGGGUUGCCCUCGUACCGCCCGGGCAUGCUUGCACGCUGCAGCAGUCUGAAGCGUCUCACGUUGAAAGGAAGAGGGGAGGCGAGGGAGACAGAAGCAGCAGCAGCAGCAGCAGAAGCAACACCGGCAGAAGCAGCAGUAGUUGCCACGCCGGUUGCCGCCCACAGGUGCCGGCGUUACUACGUGGAUAUCCGGGCAGAAGCAACGGCAGCAAACGCUGACACCAUCGCAGCAAUGGAUGACUCACGAGCCCUGCUGAAGAACUCCCGGUGGAAGCUCAAGAAAGCAGCCGAGGAAGCUCUGCAGACUCCGCGCAUGCACAGGGAGUUUGCCCUGAUCAACAUCCGAAGUGCGGUUAUCAAGGUGCGUGCGGCCAUGUCGUUGUGCCGGUACAUGCAGGUGGCCGUGGUCGAAGUCGACGGCAGGAUGGCACGCGUGAAGGCACUGGCAAAGGCCGGCUUGGCUGCUGACGCAGCAGGGUUCUUCACUGCAGUGCUGGACCCUGCGAGAGAGGAGAAGGACCGGGAGAGGGAGGUGCAGGGGGGAGGAGGCAUGGAGGUGGAAGAGCUGGUGAAUUUCAUCCCUGAGACUGACCUGCCGGCUGAUCUGGCGGAGGUGAGCGAGACGCUGCUGGGGGAGGAGUCGGGUGGGUGGCCGGCCAUUGCGGCGGUGUCGCGAGCAGAGGCACGCGGGCUGCUGCAUGCGCUGACGGAGCAGCUGUUGGCGCAGAUUUCGCCUCUGGUAGUGGCCCUUCCUGGCUGCCUUCCCCCCUCCCCUCUGCCUCACCUCUCAUGUGCCCCUCUCCCCCCACCAUACCCCUCCCUCACCAUUCUUCAUCGUCCUCCCCCCACUAUGCUGUUCCAAGCCUGA